UCACUCAUGUGCCGGGAACGUACUACUCGGAGAAUAUGUUUCAAGGCUUCUUUUGCGGGAACCCCGACGAGGCCGCUCCAAACAACUCGCAGCCUUACAUAGCCUCUUUGGCAACUCGUGCGCUGGUAUUCAUCCAGGCUGAUAACACUGCUAUCGGCCUUAUGUGCUUCAUCACGAUCGGGAUGGCUGAAGUUUCCUCUUGCGAAGUAUUUGUCAAAAAGGAUCAGCAUGUCAAAAGAGGUGACCCGCUGGGCACGUUCCAUUUUGGUGGCUCCAGCUAUUGUUUGGUAUUCGGUCCAAAUGUAAAGCUAAACUGGAUUGGCCUUCCGCCCAAGGGUGACAAACGCUGGCAAGACUGGCAAGACAUGGACAACUACCAUGUUAAAAGUGGGCUUGCUACU